AGGAAUGAGGCUUAAGCACCCAACUCAACCCCAUAAAUCGGAUCGCAAUUUGCUCGCCGGAAUCAAAUUGGACGCAGAGACUGAGGAAGCGAGAAACAAUGGCUGGGGCGGACGGGUUCGUGGAAGCCGAAAAUGCAGAGGCAAUCAUCACCAGAAUCGAGCACAAGUCCCGCAAGAUCGAGAGCCUACUCAAACAGUACAAGCCGGUGGAAGCACUCAAAACGGCGCUGGAAGGAUCGCCUCCGAAGACCGGCGACGAGCGAUGCAAGUCUGCAAAUUGGAUAGUGAUUCACAGAGCGAUUAUGGCGAUCAAAGACGUGGACGGGAUGCUCAACUCUUUGGACCCUGAGUACUACGAUAUCCUCAUGAAGUACUUGUACAGAGGGUUGUCUACAGGAGAUCGGCCCACAUGUGAUCAGUGCCUCCGGAUACACGAGAAAUUAACUGAGAAAGCUGGGUUGGGUUGCAUACUACGUUCCCUUGCUGACACUGCUAAUACUGUUUGAAUGACCUGACGCUGUGACUGAAGAAAGAAAUGGUAGCUAUGAAAUGUUUGUUUUUAACUAUUUGCUACUUGCUUAUCUGGGUUUCACUUGCCUGUCUUAAUCUUUAAAGAAUAAUUUCUCUCAUUGUAAGUCGGAAUUUAAAUUUUCUUACAUAGAUAAAUCAGAUUAAUUGUGGUAUUCAAAAUUAUAUCUAUUUUGAUAUAUUUUUUAAAUCAAAAAA